AUGAACCAAGCCCCUCCAACCAGACUCUUGGCUAGCUCGGGUGCGGGAUUCGUGGACCAGGACUCCUGGAGCAACAGGGGGCAGCAGCAGCAGCAGCAGCAGCAGCAGCAGCAGCAGCAGCAGCAGCAGCAGCAGCAGCAGCAGCAGCAGCAGCAGCAGCAGCAGCAGCCGCCGCCACCCAAGGGCUUCGUGGCACCUACAGAGGAGGAGCAGCUUGAGUGCAGGGCCAAGGUCACAGCCGUCAUUAACAACCAGGCUGUGUGGUGCGCGAGCUGA